CUUGAGGCGGGGACGCUAGUGUUCGGGGCACAAGAAAUAAGCACGUAUCUUAAGACCGACCGCACUUCAGAUUCGAUGAAAUACGGUACCUCCUACGGGAGAUGGUGGUCCCCGCCCACCCGAACCCUGACCCUUUCCACGCUGGCGCGGAGCCGCCUUGGGCUCCCGGCCCCGCCCCCUGGGGGGCUCCUCCCCCACCCCGCGCAGGCGCGGAGCCUACUAACCGGCUCUUGCCCUCGAGACGCGCGGAUGCAGAGAUGGCGGAUUCCGAGCUGCAGCUGGUGGCGCGGCGGAUCCGCAGCUUCCCCGACUUCCCCGUCCCCGGCGUGCUGUUCAGGGACAUUUCACCCGUCCUGAAGGACCCCGACUCCUUCCGCGCCUCCAUCAGCCUCCUGGCUAAUCACCUGAAAAAGGCCCACGGCGGCAGGAUCGACUACAUCGCGGGCCUAGACUCCCGUGGCUUCCUGUUUGGUCCCUCCCUGGCCCAGGAGCUGGGCUUGGGCUGCGUUCUCAUCCGGAAGCGAGGGAAGCUGCCAGGCCCCACUGUGUGUGCCUCAUACGCACUGGAAUACGGGAAGGCUGAGCUGGAGAUCCAGACGGACGCCCUGGAGCCAGGGCAGAAGGUGGUGGUGGUGGAUGACCUGCUGGCCACUGGUGGAACCAUGCGUGCAGCCUGUGAGCUGCUGGGCCAGCUGCAGGCCCAGGUGCUGGAGUGCGUGAGCCUGGUGGAGCUGACCUCUCUGAAGGGCAGGGAGAAGCUGGGGACUGUGCCCUUCUUCUCUCUCCUGCAGUACGAGUGACCCCGGCCCCAGCCCCGCACCAACUGGGAGAGAAGAGGAUCGGCCAUUGGGGCAGGGCAGGGCGGGACUUGGGCGCGGGGCUGCUGCCUGGGGGGCCUGCGGGGGCUUCUGGAAGCCCCGAGGCCUGGAGCUGCAGGCUCAUUGACAGUGGAAUGAGAAUGAGAAUAAACAACUGACUUUCUA